CAGAUGCGCUGGAACAGUUGCAGGCCAACCCGGAGGCUGCCCAGCAGCCGUGUCUUCAUUAAAAGAGUUGACAGGUUGCAGGAUGGAUUAUCUUAAAGACAAGCAUUUAAUCGUCACAGUCUUGUUGGCCGUUGUGAUAUCCUGCAACGGCCAGACGAUUUUAGGUGUCCAGCAUUUUGCCCGUCAGCGUUUGGAACAAGAAUCAUGGGCCAAAAUUGCGAGACACGCAGAGGAUAGACCAUCAGGCGAGCUGCAUCGUGAAUUGAAAAUCUCUUUGUUCGCGCCAAAUUCAAAUUAUAACUACAGUUUGCAGUGCAUCGAAGACGUCUUGUUCUACGUUGACAGCCUCGUGUUCAAUAGGAGCGAAUGGGCCCUUGAAAUGCUGGAGUCAUCGGCCCAGCUUCCAGCUGGAGUCUUCGGUGCUGGUAAUUAUCAUGCCGCAGGAUUGUUCGACGAGUGUCUUGCUGUUCGUUCCACAUCAAACCGAUUUAAAGGCCAAUAUUGCACCGUCUUCUUCAAACCGGAACCGGUUGAACAAUCCGGAAUGGUGGAUAAUAAUCCGACAACCAAUCAAACGUCUACCGCAUUCAUUAUUUUACGUCAGCUGUUUGGGACGUCGGUGCUGGACGCCGUCCGAGUGGAACCUAAAAUUUCAUCAGCAGAUGCUUCGACAUACAUGCUGCCCAGCUUGGGUCUUUGCAUUCCAUCUUCAUGCAGCGCUUCCGAUCUUGCUCAUUCUGUGGCACAGCUGAUUGGUCGUUACGUCAUCGCAAAUCAGUCCAUCGUCACAAUUGCCGAUGAAAACUAUUGUUUCACAGCUGAAGAGGAUUCAUCCACUUCGUUUAGCGGUCCCGACAUUGCCUUUAUGGCCACAUUAGGUGCUAUUGGCCUCUUGGUUCUGUUGGCCACUGCACAUGAAAGUUGGCGGAUGUAUCGUGGCAUUAGAUUCUCCGCAUCGGAUAAUGCAGCCGUCAGUGUUUUGCAUUGCUUUUCGGCUUUGAAUAAUGGCCGGAAGGUGUUAUCCUUAAAGUCGGCAGGUUCUGAUAACCUGUCCUCCUUGCAUGGAAUUCGAUUCUUUUCUACCUGUUGGGUUGUUUUGGGACACACGUGGUUGAAGGGUGUCAUGAGCAACGUCAUCAAUCCUAAAAUGGUCGUAGAGGAAGCCAUGCGUUGGGAAAUGGAAACUAUCAUCAACGCUACCGUUUCUGUUGAUUCGUUUUUCUUGAUGAGUGGUUUGCUUGUUUCGUAUCUCCUUCUUCGGGAACUGGAUCGAACCGAAGGCAAAUUCAAUCUUCUGCUGUUCUACGUUCACCGAUAUCUCAGAUUGACCCCAGUUUAUGCUAUCAUUUUGGGCUUUAUUGCAACGUUGAUGGUCUACAUUGGCACAGGUCCUAAUUGGUACAACGUCAUCGUAGCAUCCGAGGGAUGUCGGAUUACCUGGUGGAGGCAAUUCCUCUACAUCAACAACCUGUUCCCGACCGACACGAACGUCCAGUGCAUGGGAGAGACUUGGUACAUAGCGGUGGACAUGCAGCUAUUCAUCAUAGCACCGCUUUUGAUUUACCCAUUAUGGCGAUGGAAAACGACUGGUCUCAUUUUAAUGGCCAUCGUCAGUUUGGCCACUUUGGCUGCCAACUUUGCAGUCUACGCAAUUUACAGCUUUCCGCCUACCCUCAUGCCAAGUCGAAUGCAAGAGAUGAUGAAGCUUGUUAUGACUUACAUGGAUAAUUAUUAUUCCAAGCCGUGGACUCGCGCACCUCCUUACCUGAUUGGCAUUGGGACGGGAUGGUUCUUACAUCGCGUCAAACAAUCCAAAUUGCACGUAUCUCCGUGGAUAGUUGCGUUGUCGUGGACGCUAUCGGCUGCGAUUGCAGCUUCAAUCAUUUACGGAUUGACUCCGUACGUUAACGAGACGUUAGUGCCAACUAUCGACGAUGUCGUUAAAUUAACGUACGGACCACUUCACAGAGCUGCCUGGGCUCUGGCUCUUGCUUGGACUAUCGUGGCCUGUAUCCAUGGUUACGGAGGAUUUAUCAAUCGAUUUCUGUCUUGGAGAGGAUUUCUACCUCUGAGUCGAUUGACCUACUGCGUCUACCUCAUCCACUACGAUUACCUGAACGUGUUUUAUUCGCUGAACCGCAAAAUGAUUUACUACAGUUUUAUCGAUCAGUUGACGACCUUCUUUGGUAUCACGGUGACUGUGUUUGGUCUGGCGCUUAUCGUUUCCGUCUGCGUUGAGGCUCCGUUCAUCAAUUUGGAACGAUGGAUGUUUAAGUCACACGCUGAUAUUGCCCGAGGAAAGUCGGGAGAAAUUACGGGCAAAGAAAGUAGGACAGAUCCUGAACUUAAUGCUAAUAACGGCCACGUAAACGCGACUUUCAUCUCGGAAGAAAAUCCAAUAGAUGUUGAAACUACGUCCGAAAUGAAACUGUAAAAUGCAAAUUUCACUUGCCACAUAAAACAAAAAUAAAACACGCAAUUUCUAUUCGA